GGCCCUGGCUGCCUCGUCCGGACUUGGCGAGGACUUGGGAGGGACAGCCGCGCUGGGAGGUGGCUUAGCAGAGACUUUCCAGCAACUGCUGCCCAGGACUCUCUCUCCUCUCUCUCCCUUUUUUUCCUUUUUCUUUUUCCCAGGAGGCGGCGACGGCGGCGGCGUGGGGAGAGGAAGAGAAGGAAGCGUCUGCUGCUUGAGCCAAUGCAGCCCUUCGGUUCUCCGGGAGGAGCGUCUGUGCCCGGAUGAGUCUCCGCCGCGCGUCCCCAACUGUCCCCGGGCGGGAGUAGCGCACGGAGCCCAGCGCCGACGAUUGCGGCUGCUUUGCCCUUGGGGAUAGGAUGUGGUGAAAGGAUGGGGCUUCUCCCUCUUGAGGCUCACAAUGGCCAGAGAAGACUCCGUGAAGUGUUUGCGCUGCUUGCUCUACGCGCUCAACCUGCUCUUUUGGUUAAUGUCCAUCAGUGUGCUGGCAGUUUCUGCUUGGAUGAGGGAUUACCUGAAUAAUGUGCUGACUUUAACUGCAGAAACAAGGGUGGAGGAGGCAGUCAUCUUGACUUACUUCCCUGUGGUUCAUCCCGUCAUGAUUGCUGUUUGCUGUUUCCUUAUCAUUGUGGGAAUGUUGGGAUAUUGUGGAACAGUGAAAAGAAAUCUGUUGCUUCUUGCAUGGUACUUUGGAAGUUUACUUGUCAUUUUCUGUGUAGAACUGGCUUGUGGAGUUUGGACAUAUGAACAGGAACUGAUGGCUCCAGUACAAUGGUCAGAUAUGGUUACUUUGAAAGCCAGAAUGACCAAUUAUGGUUUACCUAGAUAUCGGUGGCUUACUCAUGCUUGGAAUUUUUUUCAGAGAGAGUUUAAGUGUUGUGGAGUGGUAUAUUUCACUGACUGGUUGGAAAUGACUGAGAUGGACUGGCCUCCGGAUUCCUGCUGUGUUAGGGAAUUCCCAGGAUGUUCCAAACAGGCCCACCAGGAAGAUCUCAGUGAUCUUUAUCAAGAGGGUUGUGGAAAGAAAAUGUAUUCCUUUUUGAGAGGAACCAAACAAUUACAAGUACUAAGGUUUCUGGGGAUCUCCAUUGGCGUGACACAAAUCCUGGCUAUGAUUCUCACCAUUACUCUGCUCUGGGCUCUGUAUUAUGAUAGAAGGGAACCUGGGACAGAACAAAUGAUGUCCCUGAAGAAUGAUACUUCUCAACACCUGUCAUGUCACUCAGUAGAACUGUUGAAACCAAGCCUUUCGAGGAUUUUUGAACACACAUCUAUGGCAAACAGCUUUAAUACACACUUUGAAAUGGAAGAAUUAUAAAGAAUGUCAAAGAAGGAACCACAAACUUGUUUUUAUGGGACUUGUGAAUUUUUGAGCACAUAUCUGUCUGUUUCAGAAAUUUAUUGGCAUAAAAUUACUGCCAUAAAAGAAUUCCUGGGCGUAUAAUUUUCUAGUCUUUAAAACAAAGAGGGAUAAGUUUCAUAUGUCACCACCCAGACAAUAAUUGAUGAUUUUUAUAAUGCUGAGAACAGAUAUAAUAUCCACUUUACAGCUUGCGUAAGAUUCUUCUGAGCAGUUAUGUUUUGAAGUGGUGUGGCUUGAUCAGCAUUUCUUCAUUCGUGUAAAUGGGUCACAUAUGUAAGAUUUGAGCUAUAGAAAAGAUUGAUUUACAUCUACCAACUAGUAUCUAAACUACCAAUCAACUGCUAACAUAGAAAGUUAAGACAGUACUAAUGACUUAAUACUUGGCAUAUAUUGUGUUGAGGGUGGCUAGAUUAUACACAAUUAUAUAAGAAAAACUUUCAAGUUUGGUUACUACCUAAAUGUGACUUUUGUUGAUUACUAAAAUAAUUCUUACUACUUCUGAGAGCAAACUAACACAUUGUCUUAAACUGAUCAGGGAUAUAUUUGUAUAUAAGUCUGUGCUAAGUCUGUAUAAUUCAGUAGAUUUCAGUUCUUUCAGUGUUAAGAAUAACAGUUGUGAAAAAGGAUAAAUUUUUCUGUGUAGCACCAUUAUUUUUAGGCUUUCUUGAUAAUAGAGAUUUUAAAUUCUGUCUUGGUCUGUAUUACAUCAUAACUGUUAAUUUAAAUACUUAACUACUAAAAUUACCAGUGUGAUAAAUAGGAAUCAUUAUAAUUCUCAAUGUAGUCUAGUCUCUAGGAAGUAUUAACAAGAAAAUUUACACAUAACUUCAGCAAAACUUGGAUGUCAUUUUUUCCCAAGGGAGGACUUUUUGAUAAUAAAUGCCUUUUAAAAGAGCUUGUAAUUGCCUUUUCCAAACAAGAAGCAACAGUGUCCAAGUCAAUAUAAUUCUACAGAGAAUAGUUUUCUUUUUCUCCAAAAAAAUGCUUGUGAGAAUCAUUAAAGUAAGUGACAAUUUAACUAGAGAUUAUCUUUGCUUUAUUUCACUGACUAAUAUACUGUGGUGAAUUACACAGAUUAUUGAAUUUUUUACAAAAGUAAAAUAUAUUUAUUUGAAAUGGGAAAAGUGCAUUUUACUGUAUUUUGUGUAUUAUGUUUAUUUCUCAGAUUAUGGAAAGGAAAUUGAAAUGAGUGUCAAUAAAUAUUUUCAUGAGA